AGGUCGGACCGGGUUUUUUUUGUUUUUUUUCUCUUCUCUUCAACGCGACGGAGCCUCCCGCCAGCCUCUCUGUGGGCGAAGGAGGAGCGAAGGCGGGGCGGUCCCGGAGCGCGCAGAAGGGGGGAAGAAAAGAAAAGAAAAAAAGUUUUGCCCAGAGUUUAUGCAGUGGCGAAGGAGCGGGCCGGGCAUCUUGGAGGAUGGACGCUCUCAAAUCCGCCGGCAGAGCCAUCAUCCGCAGCCCCAGCAUCGCCAAGCAGAGCUGGGCCAGCGGCCGCCACAAAAAACUCCCUGAGAACUGGACGGACACGCGAGAGACCUUACUGGAGGGAAUGCUCUUCAACCUGAAGUACCUGGGCAUGACAUUGGUUGAGCAGCCCAAAGGAGAAGAAUUAUCUGCAACUGCUGUCAAAAGGAUUGUGGCAACGGCAAAGGCCGGUGGGAAAAAACUCCGAAAAGUGACUCUGAAAGUAUCACCCAGAGGGAUCGUUCUCAGUGACAGCAUAACAAAUGAAUCCAUUGAAAAUGUGUCAAUAUACAGGAUAUCCUACUGUACAGCAGACAAAGUACAUGACAAAGUGUUUGCCUACAUUGCUCAAAGUCAGCACAAUGAGAACCUGGAAUGUCAUGCUUUCCUCUGUUCCAAGAAGAAAAUGGCCCAAGCCGUCACGCUCACAGUUGCUCAGGCUUUCAAGGUAGCAUUUGAAUUUUGGCAGGCGUCCAGGGAAGAGAAAGAGAAGAGAGACAAAGCCAUCUUGGAAGGAGAGACAGCCAGCAGCCUAAAUUCAGAUACUUCCUCCCCAAAAGCAUCAGUCACCGUAGAAAACCUGCUAGACUUGGAAAAUGUAACCAAAACUCCUUUGAACACAAAUUCUGUGCACACGGAUGGCCAAAUCUUUGGGUCCCCUUCGUCAGAAAACAACAAUGUGUGGGCAAUGAAUGACGAACUGGAUGAAGCAUUUUCAAGGCUGGCACAGUCCCGAACCAAUCCACAAGUCCUUGACAUCAGCCUGACACCUCAAGACAUCCAAAGUGCUCAAAUCCUCUCGCCAGUUGACUGGGACAAAAUAGAUUCCACGACAGAGACCGAAAAAGAUGACCAACUCUUCGAGUUCUGACAUCUUUUUUUUUUUCUUGUUAAGCUUUUUUCUCUUCAAAGAGAGAGAGAUGAGCGCACCUUCGACGAACUGGAAGUAUUUUGCGGAAUUGCUUUUCACCUCAUACCUGAAUGGAUGGUCUGAUCCAGGAGGUUGGUGGUGGAGAGAAUGGAAGGCAGUUGUGUGAUGCUGUGAAAGGCAGAAACACAAGAGAGAAUUUGUAUGUUUGAGAGAGAGGAGCUGGGGGGGGGCAGUUGCGAUAAGGGACAGCUAUGGAAAAGAACCUACUGCCAUUCCAAGUUUUCAAAAGCAGGAUUUUGUCUUUGUUUCUUCCACCACCAAGUUGAGAUCGUAGCCGGCACACUUGGCAUUUUGGAAAUGGGACAAAAAGAAGCAAAACUGAGCGAAAAUAAAGCAGGUAGUCCUCAACAUGUGACCAUUUGUUUAGUGACUGUUUGAAGUUGCGACUUAUGAUCGGUCUUUACACUUAAUGAUCAUUGCAGCAUCCCCACGGUCACCUGAUCAAAACCGGGCUUGUGUUUAUGACAGUGUUGUGACCUAGGCUUACUGAGUCAUUACAAGACAGAAUUAGUCCCAAACAAACCUAUUUUAUUGUAACAGAGGAGAAUUACGUUCAUUCCCAGCUGAGUCCCAAUUAGUUGCAAAACAAGUCCUUCGGAAGACAUCCUUCGGGAUAAUCACCAACCUUUAUCUUCUUUGACCAAAGACCUUACUUGGCAAAGCCCCACGAAGUUCAGAAACAAACAAGAGAUGCCAACUGGAAACAGAGUUAGCAACGUUGCUUUCCUGCUAAAAGGCCCCAAGUGCCUUUGUUUUUCUUUUAAGCCUUAUGGGAGGGGCCAAUCAUCUUCUUGCUUUACUCCUGAGUCGUCCCUUUUGCUUUAGCUGCUCUUGCCUUCUGGCAGCUCUGCGCACGCAUGCAUUAGGAACAGGCUCCUCCUGUUCCUCUGCCUCUCUAUUGUCCGACUCUGGGGGCUCUGGAGUCCACGCAUCACUCCCAGAUGGCCCUGGCCCCAUCUCUGCCUCCAAUGCAGAGUUCUUGUCCGGGCCUUCCCCAGACUCCAGGACUGGCCCAUGUUCCUCCCUAGCCUCCUCACUGUCCGACUCCACUGCCAGCUCUGCAGGCUGCUGGCGGACUGCAACAGACAGUGGCAGCUUCCCAGGUGGCUUCCAACAAGCAGUCGGUGGGAGGGAAACCAGAUUUGUUUAACGACCACAUGAUUUACUUUACAACUUCAGGGAUCCGCUUAACAACUGUGACAAAAAUGUCAUAAAAUAAGGCACAGCUCACUUAACAAUUGCCUUGCUUAGCAACAGAAAUUCUGGCUUGCCCCAAUGGUGGCCAUAAAUCAAGGACUACUUGUAUUUCUUUCCAAAGGAAUAUAAAGCAGCUGUUAGAUAACCUUCCUAAAAAAAUGAACUUUUCCAGAACUGCAGCAAAAUGAUCAGUGUCACCACUCAUGCUGGCAGGGCUGAUGAGCAAUUUUUUCCCCCCCUAUUUACUAUCGGGGAAAAUCUCAGAAAAUGUAGAUACUUUUUAGGCGACAGCGGUCCCUGUGUUUCUUUAUCUUCUUAAGCCCUUUUUUCAUUUUGCCUUAAUUAAUUGGGUUGUGCCCAAGUAUUUAACCCUGAAAGAUGUCAAUCUGGAUUUUGGAAGCGCACAGAAGGGUUUUUUGGCUUUAAAGUAUAAAAGAAAUAUUAACUAUGCUUGCAUAUGUUUUUCUUCCCUCUCUCGCUGACCUGCAACCCUGUGAAAAGGUGUUCUCCCACCUAAUUUCUCGUUUUAUAUUCUGGAUUUAGAAAAGCAAAUAAUGGGAAAACCAGGAUUACUGCUAUUAAAAGAUUACAUUUAACAGUGAUUUCUGGAUAACGGGAUAAUCACAGUUUCUCAUAUUGGUGACCUUGUGGGAAAUAUACUAAGCCAUAAUUGGCUUUUGAAAUGCUAAUGUUCCUUCCUGAAGGGACAUCAAUGCACUUUUAAUAGGUCUGUAAAUAGUACAUUCUUGAAUCCAAAGUUUCUGCUCAGGGGCUGGCAGAUAAUUGAACCGGAAACCACGCAAUUUGGAAUGUUGCCCCUUAGAGAUGGAUGGAGAAUACUUUUUUUUCCAAUCUUGCCAACUUUCAGACGUGUGUGGACUUCAACACAUCUGAAAAUGGCUAAGGCUGAGAAGCACUAAUCUAGGAAAACUCAGAGGAGAUGCCUUCGAAGUUCUUUCAGGAGGCAAAAAAUUAGAUUUUUGCAAUGCAGCCUUAACCUCCACGCAGGGCCGGAUUUAGAUGAAAAGAGGCCCUAGGCUAUUCCACUUAUGAGGCCCUUUCACCUAUAGUGAAAGUGUAAUUUUAAUUUUGCUAAUAAUUUGAAUGUAGGCCCCUCUUGAUCUUGAGGCCCUAGGCUGAAGCCUAGUUAGCCUAUAGGAAAAUCCGGCCCUGCCUCCACGUGAUGGUUAAGGCUGCAUUGCAAAAAUCUAAUUUUUUGCCUCCUGAAAGAACUUCGAAGGCAUUUCUGUUCUGGAUGACAUUUAAAGCAUCUCCAUUGUCUCUAAGCCAGGGGUCUCCAACCUUGGCAACUUUAAGCCUGGCGGACUUCAACUCGCUGGCUGGGGAAUUCUGGGAGUUGAAGUCCACCAGGCUUAAAGUUGCCAAGGUUGGAGACCCCUGCUUAAACUGCAUCUUCUUCUGAGCAAAGCUAGCUGUAAUUUCAUGCCCCAAAUUGAUGUUUGUCUGUCACACCCAAGCAGGCUGAGUUGGCCUCAAUGAAGACAAUCAGAGUGUGAGGCGUGAGGAAUAUUACUGCCGUAUAGUGGCCAUGCUAACAAGUAAUUCCUGAAGGGAAAUGUCUAGCAGAAACACCGUAGCUCCAAUCUAUACCUUUCCUUUGCAGGUAGUCCUUAACAUACAACUGACAAGUGAGCCCAACAUUUCCACAAGAGUUGUUAAGUGAAUUUUGCCCCAUUUUAGGACCUUUUCCUGCCACAGUUGUUAAGCGAUAUCAUGGCAGUUGUCAAGUUAGUAACCUGAUGGUUAAGUGACUCUGGCUUCCCCACUGACUUUGCUUUGACAGAAGACUGCAAAAGAUAAUCACAUAACUCUGGGACACUGCAACUGUCAUAAAUACAUGCCAGUUGCCAAGUGCCUGAAUUUUUAUCACAUGGACCAUGGGGAUGCUGCAACGGUCACUAAACAAAUGGUUGUAAGUCAAGGACUACUUGUGCUUUGGGAAAAAGCCUGAAGUGGUACAUAUGUUAUCAUCUCAGACAGUGGUGGGUUUCAAAUUUUUAUACUACCAGUUUUAUGGGCAUGGCUUGGUGGGCGUGGCAGGAGAAGGAUACUGUAAAAUCUCCAUUCCCACCCCACUCCAAGGGAAGAUUACUGCAAAAUCCCCAUUUCCUCCCGAUCAGCUGGGACUCGGGAGGCAGAGAAUAGAUGGGGGCAGGGCCAGCCAAAAUUUUUACUACCGGUUCUCCAAACUACUCAAAAUUUCCGCUACCGGUUCUCCAGAACUGGUCAGAAUCUGCUGAAACCCACCUCUGAUCUCAGAUCUCAUUUCUUUGAAUGUGGUGUGGUGUAAGUCUUAAGACAAAGGAAGUUGUGGUCAUUCUCAGAAUUGUUGAAAGGAAGUUUCAUCUGCAGGUGAAUAUUCAUUCCUCUAUUCCGUUUUUCAAAGCUUACAUAAUAUACAUAAUAUGCCUCUGUAUUUAAAUAAACGUAUGCUGUAAAAAGUACUUACUGCUGUUGAGAAAAUAAAAUUUGUACUUAUUUUCCACAUGAA